ACUCUACGCAUGCGCAGAAGGCCUCCUGUCGCGGAGAAAAUCUCGCGACUCGCAGCACUGGAUGUGAUAACAUGUGAUAAGCACACUGCCCAAUAACUUCAGAGAAUUAUUUAAACUUAUGUGCUGUUUAAGUUCAAACUUGUAUUAAAUAUCUUCUUUAAACAUGACGGUGCCAUUUUCUCCAACAUGGCUGGAAGUACAUAUUAAUGAGCCAGCGAUAAAUAAGGACAUCAGACAGAUAUGUUAUAAAGCGACCACAAUAACAGGGAACAACAAAAUAGCCUGGUUACUGAAAGCGAUAAGCUUCAUUGAUUUAACCACUUUAAAUAGUGACGAUACCAGUAAUAACGUGGCGCAACUUUGUAAAAAGGCUGUCACACCCAUAGCCAAUUUGCCAUUUGAGUGGGAUAAACCGCUUCAUACAGCAGCUGUUUGUGUUUACCCAUCCAGGAUAUUGGAUGUAAUAAAUACUUUGUCUUCCAUAGAUAAACAUAAGUCAAUCCAUGUGGCUAGUGCUGCAGGUUUUCCCUCUGGACAAUAUCAUUUGAAGUCCCGAUUAGAAGAAGUGCGUUGUGCUGUGAAAGAUGGAGCAGGAGAGAUAGAUGUUGUUAUUGAUCGCUCAUUGGCUUUGAAUAAUAAGUGGGAACAACUGUAUGAAGAAUUGAAAGCUAUUCGUGAAACUUGCAGUACUCCACUUAGUGACAUCUGUUUAAAAGUUAUACUCUCAACGGGAGAACUGUUCAACUUAAAACAUGUGUACAAGGCAUCCAUGGUGGCUAUGAUGGCUGGUGCUGAUUUCAUUAAAACAUCCACAGGCAAAGAAGUCAUUAAUGCGACUUUACCUGUUGGUAUCGUUAUGUGCAGAGCAAUAAAAGAUUUUCAAAGGCAGACUGGGAAAAAGGUUGGCAUUAAGCCUGCUGGAGGUAUCAAGACUGCACAGGAUGCUCUAGAAUGGAUGGUUUUAGUUAAGGAGGAAUUAGGGAAUGAGUGGUUGUCCAGUAAUUACUUCAGAAUUGGUGCAUCUAGUUUGCUUAAUAACAUUUCUACCGAGAUUUUUAAGAUUCACCAAUCUAAUGACGACCAAAAGAAAGAUGCUAGUGAAAAAGUUGAAGACUGUUUGGAAGAAUCAUAAAAAUAUUUUAUUAUUUUUGCAAGAAAUCAAAUUUAUAUAGAAUAUUAAUAAAUAUAUUAUACAUUCA